AUGCCAUCCGUUAAGCAUUAUUCGUCAAGUGAAGUAAAUCAAUAUGAAUUAUCAUCAAGAUUAUUAUCCUUAACAGAAAAUAACACAUCUUAUACACUAACACAAAUAAAUGGUCAAAGAAUAUACAGAAAGGCUCCUCAUGCUUGGAGUGGCCCUGAACCUUCAAGGAAUUGUGAGGUCUUUAUUGGACGCAUUCCCCACGAUUGCUUCGAGGACACGCUUGUACCUCUAUUUCGACAGGCUGGCGAACUGUUUGAAUUUCGUCUGAUGAUCAAUUUCUCCGGGUGGAAUAGAGGGUAUGCUUUCGCGAUGUACACCACGGAGGCAGAGGCGGGAAAUGCUAUACGCAUGUUCAACAAUUACAUGAUCAGGCCUUCUUGGCAAUUGGGCGUUUGUCCAUCGAUCAAUAACUGUCGCAUAUUCAUAUCCCGCAUCCCACCGACCACCCCCACUGCGGAGAUAAUUCGCUUAUUGUAUGCGCUGACGGACGAGGUCCAAGAGGUUCGCGUUCGACGUGGCGCCGCAUCUUGCGCCGCCAUCGUGGAGUACCGCUCACACCGCGGCGCAGCUAUGGCGCGCAAGGCGCUGGUGGCAGCGGCGGCGGCAGCCUGGGGCUGUGGCGCGCGACCCGCCGUAGACUGGUCACUGCCACAGUCCCCCCAGUUGCUGCGACAGUAUAGAGAGAUCGGUCGCUGGAGCCCCGAGCGUGGCGUGGAGCUGUCCCGCGUGGACGACGAGGGCGCGGCGACGAGCGUGGCGGCGUCGCCGGGCUCGGGCGGCUCGUACUCACUGGAGCGCUGGUCGGCGGCGCGCCGCCUGCGCAUGAUCCGGGAGGCGCAACGCGCCGCGCAGCCGCAAACGCCGCCCUCGCAUUCCGCGUCUUUGGACUGGUCGAGUCAGUUGCAUAGCAUGGAGUCUCUGGUGUCGUCCAUGUCCACGCUGGGCAUGUCAGAGGCGCGCGUGUGGUCACCGCCAGCCGCUCCGCCGCAGCGGGAUUUCAACCCGUGGACCACGCGAUACCCUCUCGGGGAGUUCAUGACGCCCGCUCGGGGCCACCAGUGA